ACAUGUGAUGCUACCAAGAGAGCUUUCAAAACAAGUACCAAAAUCCCAUCUAAUGUCUGAAGAGGAGUGGAGACGACUUGGUGUUCAGCAAAGUCUUGGCUGGGUUCACUAUAUGAUCCAUGAGCCAGAACCGCAUAUUCUUCUCUUCAGAAGACCUCUUCCAAAGGAUGAGCAGAAAUGA